GCUUCGCAUCAGUAACGCUUUCCAUUAAUAGGUCUACCUCUUCGCAUCAGUCAGCUAAAAAAAGAAUACUCCAGACAAGACUAAGUGCAAUUAAUAUGUCAAGUUUUCAAGAUAUAUACGCGUUUUGCCUCCCAUAUUUCCAUAUAUUGCUGGAUUGGGUGUACCGCGUUGUGUUUCGGACCAGACUGAGUCCUCUCAUGGAGGAAAGUCUGUGGAGAAAAUUCACCGUCGAGGAGCGAAGGGUUAUUCUGUCAGAAGACCUCACUCGUCGGUGGUGGUACGAAGGAUUUUGUAUUCUUUUGAAGUGUUACCGCGAAGACAAAGCGUUGUCUGUGUCAGGGAGAAAGGUUGUUGAAACAAGAUGGACAGAAAUUCUUCAAAACAGACUUGCCAUAUCCAGACGUCUGGCGUUUGUUGACGUUUCGAAGUGUCAGAUCAAGAAGCCAAUAUUCAUCAUUGGUCCGUGUCGCUCUGGGACGACUUUCCUCCAAGAUGUUCUGUACGAGGAUCCUAGGAAUACUUCACCCAGAUAUUACGAGACGAUACACCCAGUGGAAGAUAUUAUCGUAGGAGGCAAGGAACAAAGACUUCUGACCGAACAACGAGCGUUAGCCACGGUGUACGAAGCGAUGCCUGCACUGAAAGCUCAACAUUACGUACACGCUGAAAGAGCGUACGAGUGCUACCAUCUGAUGGACCAAAUGGGGCUGUUUAAGAACUUCCGGUUUAUCACAGGGAACUUCCAGGAAUACGAGGCGUGGCGACAAACGCUGACCAAGGACCAAAUGGUGGAAGUUUACCGAUUCCAUAAAUUACAAAUGCAACUCAUUCUUUUGGCAAGAAGCAAAGAUUCCCUGGAAAAUAACCAACAGCUCGUUUUCAAGGAGUCCUCCCAUGCUAUGAACCUGGAGGUAAUACUAAAGGUGUACCCGGACGCUCUCUUUAUUAACACUUACCGUGACCCCUGCCAGGCAACGGCGUCUAUGAGCUCUCUAUGUGAGGGCUUAAUGCUAAGUCUAGGGUUUGAGCCAAAGGACAUAGAUUUAGGGCUCAUUGGCCAAGAUAUGUUUCGAUCCCCGCUGAUCAACGGUGGAAAUGAGAUGGUGAAAUUUCGGAAGAGCCACCCAGAAGAAGAACAUCGAUUUUGCGAUAUAGAUUACAAAGAUAUUGUUGGUUCUCCCAUGGCUGUAGUGAAGCAAAUCUACAAGUAUUUUGGCUUGAGGUUGACAUCGGAAGCGGAAGCGAAGAUGAGCGCUUACGUCAGGGAACAUCCUCAAAACAAAUAUGGCCGCCAUAAGUACGAUUUCAAGCGCUAUAAGCUGACAGAAGAGGAAGUGAUGGAACAUUUUAAAGAAUAUGUUGAAUUUUAUAAAUCACGACGUUGAGUUCCACU